AUGAAAACAAGGAUAAAAUCUGAACUACCAAUAUUUUGUCUUAGAGAUCAAUUUAAAAAUGCUAUUUCUUCUCUAGAAUUCAUUUCUAAAACGCAGUUAUUAUGUGGAACAGUUAAAGGUGAAAUUAGACUAUGGGACCUUGAGAAGCGCAUAAUGACAAGUAAUAAUAAUAAGUUAAAGACUAAAGUAAUACGGACUUUUACAGAUAUUGAAAAAGAACAUUUAUCUCUUGUGAUACAAACGAACAAUGGAUUAGUAUCAAAGUAUAUUUUAAAUAACUCACCUUCAUUGCAAAAUCUAAACUUAUCAAAGCAAUGGGAAAUACAGAAAAUUACAUUUUCAAAAAUUAGCAGGUGGAAUAAUUCAAGCAACCUGUUGCUUAUACCAGGAAAAGAACAGUAUAACUUUGCUAUAAUUGAUACUGAAAAACCUAAACCUGAAGAAACUCUAGUAUUAUUUAAAGGAUGUGAAAAUUUUGGCUCUUCUUUAGGAAUAUUAAUGAGUAUGCAACAGACUACUGAACAUAAUUUUAUAGCUGGAUAUGAAUCAGGAGCAAUUCUUGAAUGGGAUGCAAGGAAUCCUGGAAAUCCACUUGACAGUAAUUGUAUAGUCCCAUCUAAAAGUCCGAUUUUAUCUAUUUCAAGAGCCCAUAAUAGGGUAUGGAUAUCAGACUAUAGUAAUAAUCUUUAUGUGUAUAAUAGAAAAGACUUUAAAAUACCAAUAAAUACUUUAAAUUUAGCAUAUUCUGUCGAUAAUAUAGAAACUAGAACCGAUUCAAUGAUAACAAUUGCUUUAAGUUCAUCAAAUAGAGUUAUGGACUUGUACGAAAAUAAAAGCUUAAAACACAUUGGUAAAUUAAAGUGGCAUAAAAAAAAGAUUUCAAGUACUGUUUUUUGUCACUUUACUGGAAGAUUUGCUUCUAGUGAUGAUACCCUUAUUGCUAUUUGGGAUUUAUUCCAAGAUAAAUUUGUCAUAUAA